AUGUCACUGCAUCUGAAACAACGUUUAAAAUUAAUAAUACCCCAACCAGUACGGGGUGCUAAAGUACUAAAGACAUGUUCAAGAUGUCGUAAACAUAAAACAAAGUGUGAUGCUUUAUUAACCAAUCCAUAUCCAUGUUCCCAUUGUUCAAAGAAGAAUUUAAACUGUACCUUGGAGUUAAUGACUAAAGCUCCAGCUGAUAGAUCAUCCAUCGAUUUGAUUGAAAAAUUAAGUUCAGAAGUUGAUGAUUUAAACAAGGUAUUGGAUAAUAUAAUAACUAGAAAAAAUAAGCUUGUAGAGGCUUUAAUACAAAGAGGCCAAUCAACCCAAAGAAUAGCGACAGCUAGUAAACCAUCAUCUUCUUCAUCAUUAUCAAAAUUACAAAGACCAAGAUCAAAUUCAAUCACUCCUUCAGUAACCUCAAUUCAAUCAUGCAUAAGUUCUCCGGAAGAUCAGCAAAUUAAUAAUACCCAGCAUUUAACCUACAAUCAAUUUGAUACUUUCACAAUUUCUUCACAUCCUAAUCAACAACCAAUAUCUUUAAGUUACGAUCAAGCAUAUCAAUUAUUUUCUAAUUACGAAACUAAUUUCAAUCAAUUCCUUCCUAUAUUUCCUGAUAAUUUCUUUCCUUCAUUAAAUUUAGAAACCUUCAGACUUGAAAAUGAAUUAUUAUUUUGGUGUAUAAUAUUAACCUCAUUAUUAAAUGAUCCAAUUGAACUGUCCGCUACAAGUUACUCAGUUUUAUCAGAACAUAUAAAGUCAUUAGUGGUUGAAAAAUGUUGGUUUCAAACUCCAAGAUCAGUUUAUGUUAUAUCUGCUUUAUUAAUUUUAACAACUUGGCCAUUACCUAAUUUAGGUAGUAAAAUUGCCGAUAACUUAUCAGUUAAAUUCAUAUCUACCAUGAAAUCAUUAUCUCUUCAAUUUGGAUUACACAAAUUAGAAUUUAUUGAUGAAUUCAGUCAUAAAACUAAAAUGAACAUAACUCAAGAAGUAAAUCUUAAUAAUUUAAUCAGAGAAAGAAUUUAUAAAUUCGUGAAUAUCAAUUCAAACUAUUGGUUAAUCAAUUUAGGUUUAUCAAACAAUAAUUAUAAUGGUUUCACUCAAGAUUAUGUUAUUAAUAAAGCAUCAAAUAAAGAUUUAUUGAAUCCUGGUAGUGAAAGUGAUAGAUUUAUUAAUUCAUUAUUGAAGAUUUCCAUAAUUCAAUCAAAAUUAAAUGAAAAUAUGAAUGAUUUAAUCGGUCAUAAUCAUGAAAAUAUAACUUUAUUACCAAAUCAAAUCAACACAUGUAAAUUAAUUAAUUUCAAUAUGUUUGAAAUCAUUUUAGAAGAUUUAAAUAAGUCAUUAAUUAAAUCUGAAAAUUCAUUAACCUUGAAUAAUCUUAUUAAGAUUUCAAUUGAAUUUUCAAAAUUACAAUUAUUCAUUUGUUCAUUUUCAAAAUCAGAUAUCAGUUUACAAGAGUAUAAAGGUUAUAUUUCCAAGAUAAUCAACAGUUGUUGCAAGAUCUUAUCAUUAUAUCAAAAUCAUAUUUCAGAUGGAAACCCAAUGACUUUCAACCAAUUACCUAUUCAUUAUAGAUUCCCCAUUGAAAUGUCUACUAUGAUAUUAUUGAGGGUAUUUAAAUCACCAAUUUUAAAUAUGCUUCAAGAUUAUAAAUUAGUCAAACAAGUGUUUAAUCAGUUCUAUAAAGGUAUAAUAUUAUCAAACAAUGAAGAGUGGAAAUUCUUACAUAGUAAAUUCUUUAAAGUAUUGGAAAAGUUUAAUACUGUUGAUAAUUCAUUCAUCAUUUCUAAAAUGGUUACACACAAUCAUGACACCAAUCAGGAUGUUCCUAGUUUUUUCUUAAUCAACAAAUUAAAAUCAUAUUUAGUAUCAAGUUUAGGAUAUGAAUUGAUUUGGUUGAUAUAUGAAUUUGAAACGAAUAACGAUAAACAAAAGGAUUAUAAAAGGGACUUAAAUUGGGAAGUAUUUGGUAUUGACUCAUCCAAUAAAGAAUUCAUUGAUUACAUUCAAAGCAAUGAGUCUAUUUUUAAUUAA